GCUGCCACGUCUCCUCAGCUCCGCGGCAACCGGGGCUGGUCACUGCUGACUGGACUGGAGCUGGGGUCUGGCUGCCUGGCGUCCGGAGACAGACUGGCCACCUCUUUUCGGAUCUCUGUGAGGAGACUAGGGACAGCAGGCCUGGAGCGUCGCGGUUGGGGCGGGGGAGGGAACCUGUCCGCCCGCCCCAGGGACAGCCCGUGAAGCCACCACCGCCGUUUUGGGGAACCCGCCCCGCAGUCCAGGCCUCCAUGCAGGUGGAACAGGUUGGAAACUAUUGACUGGGUCACAGCUGUAGGUGGCACUGGAAACAUUCUGGUUCCUGGACAUGCCCGGUGGAAGGAGGGGCCCUAGUCGGCAGCAGCUAAGCCGUUCAGCUUUACCUUCUCUACAGACUUUGGUUGGAGGAGGCUGUGGCAAUGGAACAGGUCUAAGAAACAGGAAUGGUAGUGCUGUUGGCCUUUCGGUUCCUCCUAUCACAGCCUUAAUCACUCCCGAGCCUGUACGUCAUUGCCAGAUUCCAGACUUGCCUGUGGACGGGAGCCUGCUCUUCGAAUUUCUCUUCUUCAUUUACCUUCUAGUAGCCCUGUUCAUUCAGUACAUCAACAUCUACAAAACUGUGUGGUGGUAUCCCUACAAUCAUCCUGCUUCUUGUACUUCCCUGAAUUUUCAUCUCAUUGAUUACCACCUGGCCGCAUUCAUCACAGUGAUGCUAGCAAGGAGGCUUGUCUGGGCGCUCAUCUCAGAGGCCUCUAAGGUGGGCGCAGCAUCUGUGAUUCACUACGUAUUACUCAUAACAGCUCGUUUGGUGCUGCUUACGUUGUGUGGAUGGGUGCUUUGUUGGACUCUGGUCAAUCUCUUCCGAAGUCAUUCAGUCCUCAAUCUCCUUUUCCUUGGCUACCCGUUUGGUGUUUAUGUGCCCCUCUGCUGUUUCCAUCAAGAUAGUAGAGCACAUCUUCUCCCAACGGACUAUAACUAUGUGGUUCAGCACCAGGUGGUGGAGGAAAGUUCCUCCACUAUGGGUGGUUUGGCCAAAUCCAAAGACUUCAUCUCCUUGUUGCGAGAAUCUCUGAAAGAACAAUUUAAUAAUGCCACACCCAUCCCCACUCACAGCUGUCCUUUGUCACCAGACCUCAUCCGUAAUGAGGUAGAAUGUUUAAAAGCAGAUUUCAACCACAGGAUCAAGGAAGUCCUCUUCAAUUCCCUCUUCAGUGCCUACUACGUUGCAUUUCUGCCACUCUGUUUUGUGAAGAGUACCCAGUACUAUGACAUGCGCUGGUCAUGUGAGCACCUCAUUAUGGUGUGGAUUAAUGCCUUUGUCAUGCUCACCACACAGCUGCUACCGUCUAAAUACUGUGAUUUGCUGCAUAAAUCAGCUGCUCACCUGGGCAAAUGGCAGAAACUUGAACAUGGGUCCUACAGCAAUGCUCCACAACAUAUAUGGUCAGAAAGUACAAUAUGGCCUCAAGGUGUGCUGGUACGACAUAGUCGCUGUUUAUAUAGAGCCGUGGGGCCUUACAAUGUAGCAGUGCCUUCGGAUGUCUCCCAUGCUCGUUUUUAUUUUCUCUUUCAUCGUCCAUUAAGGCUGUUAAAUCUGCUCAUCCUCAUUGAGGGAAGUGUUGUCUGCUACCAACUUUAUUCCCUGCUUCGUUCAGAGAAAUGGAAUCACACACUUUCCAUGGCUCUUAUCCUCUUCUGCAACUACUACGUCUUAUUUAAACUCCUCCGGGACCGAAUAGUAUUAGGCAGAGCAUAUUCCUAUCCGCUCAACAGUUAUGAACUCAAGGCAAAUUAAGCUGCUUGUCCAACAAUGAGGGAAAACCCAGAUAAAAAUAUUUUCAUACAGUUCUAUUUUUUUUCUCGCAAUGUUUAUAAAUAUUUAAGAUAUUUUAUAUUUUGUAUACUAUGUGUUUUGAAAGGUGGGAAGGGUAAGGGCUAUUAAAUGUCUCCAUAAACAAGG